AUUAGUUUUUCUCGAAAUUUUCUUUUACUUUGUUUUCAAUACCUUGUAGGUUGUAGGUUCUGGUUCUUCAUCCAAAACAGGUAAGGGGAAAAAUCAUAAGGGGUCAAUAAAGUAUGGUUUCACCCUAGUAAAAGGGAGAGGUAACCAUCCAAUGGAGGAUUACCAUGUUGCAAAGUUUGUUCAGAUGCAGGAAAAAGAAGUGGGUUUGUUUGCUAUUUAUGAUGGCCACAGGGGAGAUACUGUGCCUUCCUACUUACAGAAACAUUUGUUUUCUAGCAUUUUAAAGGAGGAAGAAUUUUGGGAUAACCCUGCAGAGUCUAUAUCCAAAGCAUAUCAGAACACAGAUCAGGAGAUUCUUUCACAUAGUUCUGAUCUGGGGCAUGGUGGAUCGACAGCUGUAACUGCAAUAUUAAUCAAUGGCCAAAGGUUAUGGAUAGCUAAUGUAGGAGAUUCACGCGCAGUUGUUUCAAGACAAGGUCAAGCAGUGCAAAUGACAACAGAUCAUGAACCCAACACAGAGCGAGGCAUCAUUGAGAAUAAAGGAGGUUUUGUCUCCAACAUGCCAGGUGAUGUGCCUAGAGUAAAUGGGCAACUUGCUGUUUCUCGUGCAUUUGGAGACAAGAGCCUCAAGUCACAUUUACGAUCAGACCCUGAUGUGCAGACUACUGAGGUAGAUAUUGAUAUUGAUAUUCUCAUCCUUGCCAGUGAUGGACUUUGGAAGGUAAUGCCUAAUCAAGAGGCAGUGGAUAUUGCUAGAAGGAUCAGAGACCCUCUGAAAGCAGCUAAGAAAUUAACAGCUGAAGCAUUAAGAAGAGACAGUAAAGAUGAUAUCUCUUGCAUUGUUGUUAGAUUUAGGUGUUAAUAUCUUUUGAAGAGUUGCU